CAUCACGAACUAGCCAAUCAUCACCCAGCUAGGACGGAAGUGGCGAAUUUGAAAACUGGCAGUUGAAGGCGAGGCUUUUAUUUUGCUCUAAGUGAAACGUGAUUAAUGACAGCAUAAACACGAUGGAAGAGGAGGAGCACACAGACAGAAAGCGGCAGCUUGCCAUGCUUUAUCAAAGGAUCAACAAAAUAAAAAACGAACUCAAUGAAGAUGACACAGACAAUAUUAAGCAGAUUAUUGGCUCUAACUCACCUGAAUCAUGCCGCUCAUAUUUGCUGGUCCUGGAGAAGAAAGGAGACCCUCACAUGAAUCGUAAACACCUCACCAGACUUAUUGACUUUUAUACCAGAGUGUUCUCCAAUAUGCCACUGGGAAAACACUGUGAGGAUGAGAGCUAUGCCAGGAUGUUGGUCAGAUUUGCAGAACUAAAAGCAAUUCAGGAGGUGAAUGAGGCUGAAGCUAACUUCAACUUGGCGCGAUCUCACUGCCCAAACUUUGCAUUUGUUCACAUUGCACAUGCACAGUUUGAACAUUCUCAAGGCAACACAAAGAGAGGCAUUUACAUAUUGCAGAAUGCUCUUCAACUGGCAGCCAAACCGAAGGAACAGUUGGAGGUUGCGUUGAAAAGCAUGCAGUCAGGCAAAACACAACUCUACUGUUCAGAGGAUAAGGAAAAUCUACCAUUGUCGUCCAGCAGUAAUGUACACAGUGCGGUCCAACAAGGCUCAGUAUUCCAGAAAGUGUGCAGAACAUCAGACGGCACAGGCGAUUUACAGCUCUCCAGCAUUUUUGGUUCAGGGACAGAGCAACACGGUGGAUCCUCAGAUGAGCAGCUGUCAGGAUGGAGAUCUGGAUCUCAUCGCAAGAGAGCAGUUGGCAUGCCACCAGCUGUCAGCCCGGAGCAGACCUGGGAGGAGCAGGCAGCCGUGGACUCCACCACCACACUGCUUCACACGCACAGCACCAGGGACACCUCCAGAAUGGAUGAUGUUACCUUCAACUUUGACCAGGUGGUCAAUACCAACUCUCCUGAGUCGUGUUGGGCAUUUCUGACGGACCUGGAGAAGAGAGGCAACCCUCACACAGAUAUCAUCGUGCUCAAUAAGCUCAAGAACUGUUACUCUAAAAUCUUUUCCUACAUGCCAAUAAGAAAGUUCAACAAAAACGCCUGUUAUGCCAGGAUACUGGUCAGAUAUGCAGAACUCAAGGGGAUUGAAGACCCUGAAGAUGCUCAGGAUUAUUUCAUACUUGCAAGAUCCAACUGUAAAGGCUUUGCCUUCGUCCACGUAGCACAUGCUCAGUUUGAGCUUUCGCAAGGUAAUGUGAUCAAGGCAACUUCAAUUCUGCACAAAGCCCAGGCGUUAAACGCCAGGCCAGCAGAGCUGCUGGAGGGGGCCGUACGUAACCUGAAAGCUGGAGAGAAACUGCUCAUGCCCAACAGAGAGGAGGAACAUUCCACAGAUUUGCAGGUAGGUGCAAGUGGGUUUUCUUUUGGGAGAAACCCGGAGCCUUAUCUCCCUGCUCGGGUCCCUGUGAGCCGCUCAGUGGAACAGCCCAAAGCUUCCAGCUGGGAGCCUCUAUCGGAGUGGAAGAUUCCAACAUCCCUAAGCCGACACAUUUCCCCAGAGGAUAAACAAACACCACCUCCGGACCCCAGACCUAUUCCACGUGUUGUUGAGUCUCUCCCCACUCCAUCCUGCCAUCUACCGUCCAGACCGAACCGACAGACAGUCUGUCAGACUCCAAACGGCUACAGAAACCCCUCUGCUAACAGCUUCAUCACUCCUGUUGUGAAGAGAGUUGCUGAAAUGCCUUCCCCUGCAUUGGCAGCGCACAGAGCUGCACCCCCUCAGCAGCCGUGCACACCGCUGAACCAUGCAUCAGGCUCCCAGACCCCACAGGCUUCUCUCUCUGCGUUGUCGAAUGAAACCAUCACCAUUAAUGGCAAACAGUUCUUCAUUCUCAAGAUAAUUGGACGUGGCGGGUCCAGCAAGGUCUACCAGGUCCUGGAUCACAAAAAGCAGCUGUUUGCCGUGAAAUACGUCGACCUGGAGGAAGCUGACGCUCAGACGGUAGAGAGCUACAAAAAUGAGAUUCAGCAUCUGAACCACCUGCAGCUGUACAGCGAUCAAAUCAUUAAGCUCUACGACUAUGAAAUAACCAACAGCUACAUCUACAUGCUGAUGGAGUGUGGGAACUUGGAUCUGAACACUUGGCUGAGGAACCGCAAAACUGUGAAUCCACUGGACAGGAAGUUCUACUGGAGGAACAUGCUGGAGGCCGUCCACACCAUCCACAACCACGGAAUCAUCCACAGUGACUUGAAGCCAGCAAACUUUGUCAUUGUGAACGGUUCGCUGAAGUUGAUUGACUUUGGCAUCGCAAACAGAAUCCAACCAGACGUGACGAGCAUUAUGAAGGAUUCACAGGUUGGAACGUUGAGCUACAUGCCCCCUGAAGCCAUCAAAGACACUUCGUCCAAGCCAGGACAAUCACGAUCUAAGAUCUGUACAAAAGGUGACGUGUGGUCGCUGGGAUGUAUCCUGUACUGCAUGACGUACGGGAAGACUCCCUUCCAGAGCAUCACCAAUCAGAUCGCCAAGCUGCACGCCAUCAUCGACACCUCCCACCCUAUCGAAUUUCCUGACAUCUCGGAGAAGGAUCUGCUGGAUGUGUUGAAGAGCUGCUUGGUACGAAACCCCAGAGAGAGAAUUUCUUUAAAAGAACUGCUGGAUCAUCCGUACCUACAGCAUUCACAUGCACAAAGAGGUCCAAGUAACGGAGAUCUGCAGAAGAUCCUAACAGACCUCGCAGCCCUCCAGUCUCCAGGCAGCAUCAUCCGAGCAGCUAAUAAUCUGGCCAGAAUGUGCAGCAGCGGCAGGAAGUUGGAUGUUGCAGAGUGUGCAAAGUCCUUCUCUUGAACACUUCAGUACAGAAACAGUAUAUUCUUUAACAUGUAGAAAUAACACAUUUAUAUUUGUAACUUGUAACUUUGUAACAAAAUCAGUUUAGAACCAUCUUGUUGUCCUAUUGUGUUAAAAAAAAUCCCUUUUAUAAAUGAAAU